UUGGGGUGCGAAAUCGCAACCCCGAUCCAUCGAGCGGGCAACACGAGGUCAACCCAACCCCGUCUGAAGAGUUUACGGUUGGGGGGGGGGGGGAGGCGUCGUGAGAGUGCAGCGCGGGUCUUUGGAAGCGCCGCCAGUCCCGCAGGCGGUUCGCUGAGGGGCGGAAGCUGUGAGGCAAGAAAAGAAACUCGGAGGUCGCUCCGGGCGCGGACGGCGGCUGUGACACGGGCCAACCUCCAGCACCUUUCCGAGCGCCGCCUUUCGUUUUCGUUUUCCGGAAGGACAGCGAGCACCGCCUGGGCUGAAGGAAAGCUGGGAUUGUGCGCGCAUCCGGACGAUCCCGGCCCGCGGUUUCUCCCUCUCCCCUCGACUCCCCUUGUAAUGCAGGUUGAAGUGGCAGCUGGCUCUUUGACUCCUGUGGCCACAUCAGCUUUGCCCUUACCAUUGAAUUCCACUUCGAAGACAUCAGUAAAAUCGCUGUAUGAUGGACAAAUCUGGACAUUGCCAGGCCGACUCAGUGAGUAGAAGAGGAAUCCAACCCUUUCUAUGGAGCAAAGAUGAUGUGAUUCACUGGCUAAGAUGGGCUGAAAAAGAAUAUUCACUCAGGAAAUCUGAUGAUAGUAAUUUUGAAAUGAAUGGAAAAGCCCUUUGUAUUCUCACCAAGGAAGAUUUCAAAUUUCGGGCUCCUAAUUCAGGAGAUGUAUUAUAUGAAUUACUCCAAUACAUAAAGACCCAGAGAAGAGCCCUUGUGUGUAGCCCUCUCUUUAACAUCUCCUUUUGGGAUGUAGACCAUAACCUGACCCAGAGCGCUGCAGAAGGUACCAAGUGCCAGUUAGAAAAUUUCCCAGCUAAGGUCCCUGCAUUGCCUUCAGAAUAUCCAACAAUCUUCACUAGUCAUGCAGGUUACUCGGACUCAUCUCAGUCUUCCACCAAGACACUCUGUACUCCUGGGAUGACCCCUCUUGCUUAUAGCAACCCAGAGAUCAGCCAUGGUGGAAACAUUUGCUCUUUUCCUGUAAAAUCAGCUGCUCUGGUCAGUGGAAAAAUAGCAGACUGUAGGUUACUUUUGGAUUACAUCUACCGGCUCCUCUCUGAUAGCCAGUAUGAAUCAGUUAUCAAGUGGGAAGACAAAGAAACCAAGAUCUUUCGGGUUGUAGAUCCCAAAGGCCUUGCUGGACUCUGGGGUAAUCAAAAGAACCGAAGGAAUAUGACAUAUGAGAAGAUGUCAAGAGCAUUGAGGCAUUAUUAUAAACUCAACAUCAUCAAAAAGGAAACUGGACAGAAAUUAUUAUUCAGAUUCCUAAAAGUUCCUGGAGAAAUAAAACAGUACACAGCCAGUAAAUUGAACAAUGAAGAGCAGAAAGGAGAGGACUCAAACAUUUUACCAGAAAUCUCACUGUAGACAUUUGCCAAUUUUGCCAUGCCAUAGUGGCCAUCAAGAGCUUGUGUUAAUCAGCAGGAAAACAUUUGAUGUCUAUAUGAAGACAGAAAACAAAAAAGGCCUUGGGGAAUUGUGCAUCCUGUAAAUGAAAUGCAAAGAACUAAUCCAGUGGACGUCUGCUGUCAAACGUAAUAGAAGUAUUUGUGCAAAACAAAGUUUAAAAACUGAAUCUACAAAUCAGUUCAGUCAUGUGGCUGUAGAAUUUCUUAGGUGUUCUCAAAGUUAUUCUCCUACCCAUAUAAAAACACCUCAUGGGAAAUUAAGCAGUUUUUCAUCUGGAAAAAAACAACAAAAAGCCUCAGAUACUUGCAAUGAUCAUUGUUACAGAAUACUUUCAGAAUAACAGAGUUGGAAGGCACCUUGGAGGUCUUCUAGUUCAACUCCCUGCUCAAGCAGGAAACCUAUAGCAUUCUGGACAAAUAGCUGUCUAGUCUCUUCUUUAAAACUUCCAUUCAUGGAGCACCCACAAUUUCUUGAACAAGCCAGUGAUUAAUUGUUCUAACUGACAGGGAAAUUUUCCUUAUUGCUAGGUUGGAUCUCUCUUUGUUAAGCUUUUAUCAGGGGUGAAAUCCAGCAAGUUCUGACAGGUUCUGGAGAACCGGUAGUGGAAAUUUUGAGUAGUUCGGAGAACCGGCAAAUACCACCUCUGGCUCAGGGAUGGGUUCUACUUACCUUUACUACUGGUUUGCAACGGAGCCGUGUGUGCGCUCUUCUGCACAUGCGCAGAAGCAUUUUGAUGACAUUGGUGGGCAGGGCCUCCCGCCGGUUUUAUUACUGAUUCUAUAGAACCGGUGAAAACUGGGGGCAACCCACCACUGCUCUGGCUGGCCCCAGAGUGGGGUGGGAAUGGAGAUUUUGCAGUAUCCUUCCCCCAGGAGUGGGGUGGGAAUGGAGAUUUUGCAGUAUCCUUCCCCUGCCACUCCCAUCAAGCCACAUCACGCCCACCAAGCCACGCCCACAGAACCGAUAGUAAAAAAAAUUGGAUUUUACCAUUGGCUUUUAUCCAUUAAUUCUUGCCUUGCCUUCAGGAGCUUUGCAAAAUAGGUUGACCCCUUCUUCUCUGUGACAGCUCCUCAAAUAUUGGAAGACCGCUAUCGUGCCACCCCUAGUUCUACUCUUCAUUAGUGAUACUAACAUCUAAUGUGAUUUUGGUACUACCCCUCUGUUGAUGCAACCUAGGACUGCACUGGCUUUAUUGGCAACUAGCAUACAUCUGGCUCAGUGGUGAAAUGUAAAAUUUGUUACUACUGGUUCUGUGGGCGUGGCUUGGUGGUAGUGGGGUAAUAUGACUGAGUGGGCGUGGCCAACUUUUUUUUUUUUACUUUUAAAACCAUUUUUUCUACAACCUCUUCGGCUUUUUUUAAAGCCUCUGACAAUCCCAGCUGAGCCGCGCAAUCAUAAAGAGGCUUUUUUUUUAAAUUUUAAAAGCAUUUU